ACGCCAUGUCUGUAGCAGCAAUCACAAACAUGGAGGCGCAUGGACCAAAAGACGAGGUGGGUCAGCUUGAGGUCUCGCAGAAGAAUCUUCUUUCCUCACACUGGGCCUAUGUCGAUGGUGCUUUCUUCGUGCCCUCAAAGUAUCUGCGGCAGCCCAGCCAAGGCCCUCUGGUGUCUGACGAAACUCUUUGCGUUCUUGUGUACUGGAAGAUCAAGGACUAUGCGAAGUUCCUUGCUGGAGUCAAAGAUUUCCAGCACCUCACGAGGCAGGAGGAGAAAGUCAAGUACUACGGCUUUUGCGUGUAUGGAUCGAAAGCCAUCUGUCGCGAGGGCUACGACUCUGCCGAAGGCUUCUUGGAGCAUUUGCAGAAUGUCGAUGGACCGCUAAAGACCGCCAUGCAGUGCGCCGAUAUUGAAAGUGUGGAAGUUCACGGUCCUUCCUCAGAGGUCAACAAGCUACGAGAGCGGUUGAAGAGCUUCCCAGCUGUGUUCUGGCCAUACCCCAACGACUCGUUCUUAGCUCCAGCCCAGUUCUCAUGCGAGCCACUGCGUGAGGCAGAGGAGCAGCGGAUUCGCCGCGAUGCCGCCGACCGCUAUGCGGCGGAUAAGGCGCGCGCUCGGCAGAAGGCUGUCGACCGCUCUCGGAGGGAGCGCGCUCGGCAAAAGGAGGAGGAGCGCGCUUGGCAAGAGGCUGUCGAACGCUCUCGGAGGGAGGCGGAGGAGGAGCUUCAGGCUAGGACGGCGCAGCUGCAGAUCGCGGUGGCGGCUGCGGAGGCGGGUGAUUUCGCGCCGCUGGUGUCGCUGGCUCGCGACGGCACGGACGGGCAGAAGGAGCAGGCCGCGAGGGCGCUGCGGAACCUCGCUUGCAACGCCGACAACCAGGUGGCGAUCGCGAGGGCGGGUGGCAGACGUUCCGCAGCGGGCGCAGCCUAAGGCUCGACCGCAGCCAGGCUCGCACACUAUUCGUGCGCCUGGUGGGCAGGGUGGAAGAGCUGCCGCAUCUCCGCUCGGAGAGAACCGCGUGCCUGCGUGUGCCCUCCGGCGCCACCCAUCUGAGCGGCGCGUGCGACGAGCGGGGAGAAGCUGCGAAGGCAGAGCGGCCCUCGCAGAGUCCAGAGACCUUGCGCUCUUGGCACGGACUAAAGACUGAGCGCCUCGCUCUCGGACAGCGAACGCCAGGCGCAGCACACGUGGCGCAGCACACGUGGCGUGGUGGCUGGUGCACAAUGUGGUCGGGUGCAUGCUGGGCGGGUUGUAUGCACGCGCCGCCUCAAUGGCCGCGCACGCCUGUCACUGUGUCCAGACGGAAUUCCCGGCGUUGAGACUUGACUCUUGGACUGUCCCGAUCGCUGUCCCGGUCGAGUCAAAUGUCAAUAGGCUCUCUCUCUCUCUCUCUGUGGGGAGACAUUUUUGCAGUGUAUGUUUCUCGGCGCC